AGUAUUUGUAGAUCUUCGUUUCUCAGCUCGGUACACAAACACGAGAAUGCAGAAGGUUCUCGUGGUCUUCGCGACCGUUAUGGUCGGGCUUGCAGCCGCCCAUCAUGGAGCCCCCGUCGUCACCGCUGACAAAAGUUACGUGACCAAACAGAAGAGCAUCUACCAACUUUACUGGCAUGUCGACCAACCGACGACCGUGCUUCCGGAACUUUACCAGAAGGCUCGCACCUUCAGCAUCGCCGAUCAUUUGGACUCGUACACCAACCAGGUUGCAGUCCAGGAGUUCUUGGACCUCUGGAAGCACGGCAUGAUCCCCCGGGAGGAAAUCUUCUCGGUCUUCUACCCUCAUCACCUGGAAGAAGCGAAGGCCCUGUUCAACGUCUUCUACUACGCCAAAGACUUCAACACUUUCUACAACACCGCUGUGUGGGCCCGUUUCAACGUUAACGAGAAACUUUUCUCGUACGCGUUGUCAGUGGCUGUGAUCCACCGGCCUGACACCAAGUUCAUCAAGCUCCCACCCCUGUACGAAAUAAUGCCCCACUAUUUCUUCAACAACGAAGUCAUCCAGCAGGCUUACCACAUCAAGAUGGGUGACGUUUCUGGUGUCAAGAAGGGUGUCAACAUCAAGUACCACGAGGGCGGUGUAAACGACAUUGUCAUAAAUGCCAACUACAGCGGCUGGUACAUGAGCCACGACUACCACAGCGAAGAGAAACUGACUUACUUCACCGAGGACGUAGGACUCAACUCAUUCUACUUCUACUUUAAGCACGAAUUCCCAUUCUGGAUAAGCAGCACGGACCUCCAACUCCCGACGAACCUUCGUGGUGAAGUUUACUUCUACGGCCACAAGACACUCUUGACUCGUUACUACCUCGAGCGUUUGUCCAACGGCUUGGGAGAGAUCGAGUACAUCGACUGGCACAAACCCAUCGUCCCUGGAUUCCACCCGAGCAUCGUCCAUCCCAACGGCCUGCCCUUCCCCCACCGUCCGUCAUGGUCCGAAAUUCCAGUGUACAAGUACCCCUACGUACACGACGUUGAAGACAUCGAAAACUACAUCUCGUUGGCCAUCGAUGCCGGCUUCCUUCUUGACUCGAAACACAACCACGUCGACAUCUACACCCCUGAAGGCUUCAACAUGCUGGCCAACGUCAUCGAAGGUAACGCCGAUUCCAUAAACUACCGCCUCUACAACUCCUUGGACCACACUUGCAAGAAGAUUCUUGGAUUCAACCUCGAACCGGUUCACAAGUAUCAAAUAGUGCCGAGCGCCCUUGAGACAUUCACCACGAGCCUGAGGGACCCGGCUUUCUACCGCAUCUACAAGAAGAUCGUUAAUUACUUGCUCAAGUUCAAGGCCAAUCUGCCAACCUACACACACGACCAGCUCGUCUUCCCCGGUGUCAAGAUCGAGUCCAUCGCCGUCGACAAGCUGACCACCUUCUUCGACCACUUCGACUCUGAAAUCUCGAACGCUCUUCCUGUGACAUCCCACAAAGAGGCACAGAACCUCAACGUCAAGGUUCGCCAGCACCGCUUGAACCACAAACCUUUCACUUACCACAUCACCAUCAACAGCGACAAGAACGUCAAGUCCAUGAUUCGCAUCUUCCUCGGACCUAAAUACGACGUACAUGGACACGAGUUGGACAUGACCGAGAACUGGGUUAACUUCAUGGAGCUUGACCAAUGGGUCGUAGACCUCAAGACCGGCGUCAACAAGAUCGAACGCAGCAACCACGCUUCCCAGUACGUUUUCCCCGACGAGGUGACCGGAUCAAUGUUCUACAAGAAAAUCGAGAAGGCCGUCGAAACUGGCGAACAGUUCACGUACUCCCAGCAACUUUACGGUUUCCCCGACCGUCUCGUCCUCCCCAAGGGCAAGAAGGAAGGCAUGCCCUUCAAGCUGUUCGUCUUCGUCAGCCCGAUCGACGAGAACGUCAUGCACACGAUCGAAACUCCAGUCUGGGGCACCACCGUCGUCGAUGGUCAUCCAUUGGGCUACCCCUUGGACAGGCCCAUCAAGUCCCACGUCUUCAACCCUCAACAUGUUCCCAACAUGUUCUACAAGGACGUCAUGAUCUACCACAAGCAUGCUGAAGAGCUCAACCUCACUGUUUAAUAGAAAUAUUAUGCCCUCGGCCCACGUGCUCCUUCAUUUCGUGCACUUUAUUGAACAAAUCGAUGAAUAAAUGAAUGCCCAUAA